GUCAAUGUCAAAAGAAAAUCCAAAAAGUGUGGUUAUAUUUUGCUAGUGGCGGUUUUUAGUUUUUAGUUUACAAUUUGCUUAGAACUUUAAAAAAUAAGAAUUACUUAUUUAUUUGUAAAAGUAUUGAGUUAAUUCUACAGUUGUAAGAAAGAUGUCAGACUUCUCAGAUUUGUUACAAGAAGCAGAGAGGCUUACAAAUGACUUGGAGGGCACUACAGAACUUCCUAAAGUGGAAAGAUCACUGAAACAAGUACUGGAGGCUUCGAACGACUUGUAUUCUCGCGUAGCUCAAACAGGAUCUAAAGAUAUCCAAGCGAAUCUCCUGUUGGGCUCGAAAGGAAUCGACCUGCCAAAAAUCGUACAGAAACUCGAGUCAAUAAGUACUAAAAGAACCUUUGAGCCUAUUCAACCGGUUGACGAUUUGGACUUAACAAACAAACUACAAAAUGAAAUUCGGAAUAAAAUUUUGGAGGCUUUUGAUUCUGGUUAUAAUACAAUGUUAAAAUCAACUUAUGAAAAUUCUUGGGAACAUCAAGCUUCCGAAUGGAAACAGCAAAAAAGGCAGAUUCUUAACGCCCUAUGUGGUAGAUCAGGGUUGCCGAUUGACAUAGGAAAACAUCAGAGUAUACUUAUGGAAAAAACUAUCGUGCCCAUUGCACAUUUGGGUGCAACUGAAUCAAUUUAUGCCUCAAAAAUUAUCGAAUACAAUAAUCUAUUAGUUAGGGGUUUGCCAAAAUCAAACUUGGUAAAUGUAUUUUGUGGAAUUUCAUCCGAAUUUAAAGAUACAAAAGUAAAAGAUAUGUGGGAGAUUAUAAAGUAUAUGGUUCAAGUGCCUCCUUUUCCUCAAUCGGAAGAUCCUAUCAAAGCGAGAAACACUAAACCUGUUAUUGAGGCGUUAGUAUUGCAAGGAAAAAAAUACUUAGAAGAUAGGUACAAAACUUACAUGAGCAAUAUAGUGAAUGAAAAUCUGGCUCAUGCUGAUCGUGGAGGUGUCCCCGGUACAUACCCUCUAGUUAGAAGUUUUGUCGGUUUACGUCUUCAGGGGGAGUAUUUGGGUUUAAGGGAUGGCAAUAUUGAUGACCGUCCAUUAUGGCCUAUGGUGUAUUAUUGUCUAAGAUCUGGCGACUAUGCAGCAGCUAUUUAUUGUCUUAAAAAAAGUUGUUUACCUGAAUUUAAUGAGGUGAUUGCGCUUUUAGAAGCAAAGUUAAGAAAGCCCAAUGGUUCAGAAAUAACAAAAUUGGAGGAAAAUAUAAGAUUUUCAUAUAGAAGAUUUGUAAGAAACGAGACUGAUCCGUUUAAAAGAAUCAUUUGGUCUGUGUUAGGAUGCUGUGAUGCUUCCGAUGAGCAUUCGGAAGUGGCUAGAACUGCAGAUGACUAUUUGUGGCUAAAAUUAAGCUUGGUACGUGUCGAUUACAACAAAGAUGACUACAUCAAAUACAACGAUUUACAGCAAAUGAUUCUUGAGGAAUAUGGCGAGUCGCAUUACGACGCUUUCAAUCAGCCCCACUUAUAUUUUCAAGUGCUCGCGUUGACGGGACAAUUUGAAGCGGCCAUCGAAUUUUUAACUAGAAUAGAAAGAUUCAAAAUCCAUGCCGUACACAUCGCCAUUGCACUGAACGAAUUGUAUUUCUUGGCCGGACCGCAUGACACUAGUGCGCCACUGAUUUUCAUUGAUCCAGCGGAUCCGAAACCAGCGAGACGCCUAAAUUUAGCCAGACUGAUUAUGAUCCACGUGAAAAAAUUCGAAUUGAAUUGCCCCAACGAAGCGUUACAUUAUUUCUACCAUUUAAGAUCUUAUACCGAUUCAAAAGGCGAAAGUCUAUUUAAAGUUUGUGUAGCCGACCUGGCUAUUGAAACAAAGGAAUACGAGACGAUUUUGGGUAAAGUGCAGCACAAUGGAAUCAGAACAAAGGGAUUGGUCGAUCAGUUUACUAAUACAAAUAUUAGUGCCGAUCAAAUUGCUCAAAUGGUGGGCGACAAUCUGGUUAAAAAAGGGUUGUGUGAAGAAGCCAUCGACAUAUAUGACAUUGCCAAUAACCAAGAGGAAAUUUUAAGUUUUCUGUGCACCAUGUUGUCCCAGGUGGUUCAAUCUGUAGGCGAACCUGAUUCGCUGAGAAGCCGACUGAAGGAUAGAGCUGUUCUUUUUGCCGAUCGAUUUUCCAGAGAAGGGUACAGAUGUUCGGCAGCUCUGGUCGGAUCGUUUUUGAAGCUGAAAGAAUUGUUGACGUUUUUCGAUUUAUAUCACGCCAAAGAAUACCCGCAAGCCUUAAAAGUAUUGAAUGAGUUACAAAUCAUACCGUUCAAUGCGGACGAAAUAGUCGACCGAGUUAAGACGUUUAAAGCCUUGACAGCUGACGUUUGUAAGGUGAUUCCCGACGUAUUGCUAGCGACCAUGAACAUGCUGUUCGCUCAACAUCAGCGAAUCAAAGGCAAUUCCGAAUACAUUCCCAGAUAUUCGGACGCGUCCGUCGACAACCAACUAGCUUAUUUAAGAGCACAAGCGAAAACGAUUACAAGUUUUGCAGGGAUGUUGCCCUACAGGAUGCCGGGAGAUACGAACAGUAGAUUGGUACAGAUGGAGAUAUUGAUGCAUUAAUUUUAAGGUUUUUUUUUCUGUUAAAUUUUCUAAGAAAUAAAUUUUUAAAUGCCA